CAUUUGAGAACAUUGUAGCUCACAAGCACUGUUAAUAUAGAUUUUAAAAUGAUAUCCUUGAGCUACUUGUAUAUAGCCACUAGUACCGCUAUCCCCCCCAAGCUCGCUGAUAUAAUGGUGCAGAAACGACCUCUCACGUGGAGAUAGCCGAUAAGCAACGAUUUGCGCUUUUCACAGCCAAGGGCGAUCCUUCAAGUCUCCACCAUCAGAUCUCUUCAAAAGCAAAGACAAACCACCGCAACAAACCGGUCGGUGGACUUACUCCCUCAAAAUGGCGUCGCCAUUAAUUCUCCUCCCGGGUGACGAAGUCCCCUCCGAAUACCUACCAUCCAGCAAUUCCGCUCCCUUGAGACUCGGAGCAGGUCUUCGUCUCCUCUCGCAACCAUCAGCGAUUUCCCCAAGCCAUGUCAUAUCCGCCACGCAACCCGGGCUCCUCUCAACAGACAACAAAAGAAAUGCCGUCUCGAUCCUCUCUACCCCGAACCGUCGCUACGUCCCAACACCCGGCGAUCUAGUGAUCGCGCAGAUCCACCACUCCAGUCCGGAUUAUUUCCAUUGCAUGAUUACGCCGCAAGCGCCCCAGGCGCUGCUGGGACAGCUUUCAUUUGAGGGUGCGACGAAGAAGACGCGGCCGAUGCUGAAACAGGGUGACCUGGUGUAUGCUCGUGUGUUGUCGACUGGUCUGGGCGCUGGCGCGGAGGUGGAACUUACAUGUGUCAAUCCAGCCACAGGACGGGCUGAUGGAGGAUUAGGCCCAUUGACUGGGGGUAUGGUUUUUGAUGUGUCGACAGGGUUGGCGGCUCGGUUGAUAAAGGCGAGUUCCUCGUCGGGAGAGCAACAGGAUGGUGUGGCAGGGUUAGUGGUCUUGGAUGAACUGGGCAAGAAGUUGGAGAAGGCAGGUGGAUUUGAGAUUGCUGUGGGGAGGAAUGGAAAGGUUUGGGUGGAUUGUGCGAAUGGAGGCGAUUAUGCUGUCAAGGCGACGGUCGCAAUCGGGCGAUGCCUGAGUACCAUCGACGAGCAUGAAUUGAGCUCGACAGACCAGAGGAAGCUGGUGACCAGGAUAUUACGAGAUAUGAAGAUAGAAUCGUGAUGUGUUGUUGUGUAUUCCAUAUUAUUAUUAUUAUUUUCUUUUUUUUUUUUUACUGUAUACAUCUGUUGUUGGUUGAUGGUGUCAUUUCUCAUGUAUCUACUAGUAGUUUACCACACUGAGCGCAAUCCAAAAGCAUACCCAAUG